AUGGGGUGUCAAGUUACUGAUCCCCAAGACCCCCCAGGAUUUUUAGAGGGGGCCGCUGCAGAGCGCCUUACCCACAAGUUAAAAUGGCUCACCCAAAAACCUCUCUGGAUACCGCAGUGGCCCCUUAGUAGAGAGAAGCUGAAGGCGCUAAAUGAAUUAGUAGAAGAGCAAUUAAUAUUGAAGAGUCAUAUUGAAGAGACUAGCAGCCCUUGGAAUUCCCCAGUGUUUGUGAUAAAAAAGCCAGGCAAAGACAAGUGGGGGCUCCUUUAUGACCUUAAAGAAAUAAGCAAUAUCAUUGAGGAUAUGGGGUCACUCCAACCUGGCAUGCCCUCGCCAACUAUGCUUCCACAAAAUUGGCAAUUAGCAGUCCUGGACAUCAAAGAUUGUUUCUUCCACAUCCCCCUACACCCUGAAGACGCCCUGAGAUUUGCCUUCUCAGUUCCCUCUAUAAACAGGGAAGCUCCUAUGAAGCGUUAUCACUGGAAAGUUUUGCCCCAAGGUCUUAAAUGCAGUCCUUUCAUAUGCCAGCACUUUGUGGCAGCAUUGUUGUCUCCAGUGCGGGCCCAAUGCAAAGAUGCUAUCAUCCUCCACUACAUAGAUGAUAUCCUGGUGUGUGGACCCAAUAACACUGGGGAGAGAGAGUUAACCUCUCCCAGGGACCUGACCCCAGAGGCAAAAGAUGCACUUAAAAAGAUAGAGAAAGCAUUAGCUGAGAGACAGGCAAAUCGCUAUAAUUCUGAGCUGCCUUUCAGAUUUAUCAUUCUGGGAAAGUUACCACACCUGCAUGGGUUAAUAUUUCAGUGGAUCGAGGGGCGGAAGGAUUCACUCUUAAUCAUAGAGUGGGUCUUCCUCUCCCACCAACGAUCCAAAACCAUCACUAAACUACAGGAACUAAUGGCUCAGCUAAUUCGGAAAGCAAGGCUAAGGCUGCGUGAGUUAUCAGGCUGUGAUUUUACUUGCAUAUUUCUCCUGGUAAAACUUUCCAAGGAAGGAAAAGCAUCUACUGAAAAAUUAACAAAAGAGAUGUUGGAACAUCUCCAGAAUAAUGCCGAACUCCAGCUAGCUCUGGACAGGUUCAGGGGACAGAUCUCUGUCCACAGCCCUUCACACAAGCUGUUCCACGAGGAGUUUAAACUCAUUCCUUGGGAAAAGAGGAGCCGUAGGCCAGUCAAAGCACUCAUGGUAUUUACAGAUGUGUUGGGGGCGUCGCACAAGUCAGUGAUGACCUGGAGAGACCCACUGACUCAGCAUUGGGAAGCUGACAUUCAGUUUGUGGAGGGGUCCCCUCAAAUCGCAGAACUGGACGCAGUGGUGAGAGCUUUCGAGAAGUUCUCAGAACCAAUUAAUUUGGUUACCGAUUCAGCUUAUGUGGCAGGGGUAGUGUCCAGAGCGGAACAGGCAGUUCUCAAGGAGAUUGAUAACGAACAUCUCUUUCAGCUGAUUUCAAGACUGAUAUAUUUGGUGAAAUUGCAGAGGGGAACAGACAAGCAGACUUUCUUGCUGCCCCUGCUGAAAAAGCGCCUCUUCCAGACAUUUUCCAACAGAAAAAUAUACCCCUCACUCAGCAUCAUGAGAAACCCUAUCCAAGUCGUUAUCCUGGUCACCCUGAAUGCCUUCCCAUCUGUGUGGAUCAUCCCACAGCCACGCCAGAACAUCUGGGUGACCCUGGCACAAACACUCCAGCAAGAAAACAUAUGUCUAUCUACUGCAGCAGCGAAAAAUCCUAAGUCCACCUGCCUGGUAAACCCAGAAGCUCUCCAAGGAGCAGGACCAGGGACUGCCAAAGAGGAGGUGCCACAAGGAGCAGUGGGAUACAGUGAAAUGGCUGAAAUGCAGAGUGACCUCGAGCAAAAGGGGGAGAAAUUAGGAGCAAUACCAAAGCGCAGCUGCAAAUGGGCAGCGAAAGCUAAGGGGCUGGGCAAAGCUGCGAAGGCACGCCCCGCAGGGAGACCUGUGACGCGGUCCAUGACGUGGAGGGCCCAACCCACCGAGGCAGAGAUCGGGAAUGCCCCCAAGAGUAUGGAUGCUAACUGUGAAGCAGGCAGCAUUGUGCCUGUGAAAUUGCAGGCCACAUAA